AUGGGAGCUCCGGCCUCUGCCGGGGCGACCUCGACGGCUGCGGCAGGGCAGCCGACUCGAUCCUCGAGCACCCACCCUUCUCACUCCCACAAUGUUCCUCUGAGCGCUCGGAGGUCCGCGCCCCUCGACCUCUCAACGGUAGAGCGACGAGGACAACCCAACAACCCCAGGGAACCAUCCAAGCGCAUUCGUCCCCAUGGAAUCCCCGAAGCUCCGACCUUCCGGCCGACGGAGGAAGAAUUCAAAGAUCCCGUGGCCUACAUACAGAAGAUCGCACCGGAAGGCAAGAAGUAUGGAAUCUGUCGGGUGGUCCCCCCAGAGGGCUGGCAACCGACUUUCGCAAUCGAUACCGAGGUAGGAGCCCUCUUUGCAAGAAUGCAGUUUGCAUUCGACCUUCGCGCGUGUCCACGGCUGACAGUCGAAUUAAGCGAUUUCAUUUCAAAACCCGUCGACAGGAGCUCAAUUCAGUUGAAGGAGCACGGAACGAACUACAGCCGACUCCCAAGUGUUGACAAGCGACCACUGGAUCUCUACAAGCUUAAGAAGGCCGUGGAAAGUCGCGGCGGCUUCGAGUCGGUGUGCAAGUUAAAGAAAUGGGCGGAAAUUGGACGUGAUCUUGGAUACAGCGGCAAGAUUAUGUCUUCAUUGUCGACUUCUCUCAAAAAUUCCUACCAGCGAUAUCUUCAGCCCUACGAAGAAUACUUGGCCCGCGCCAAACCCGGGGUCCAACAACAGCUGGAAUUGGAACAUGGCGGACCAUACACCCCUUCACCCCUUCCAUCUCCUAUGGGCAUGGCCCAAAGACCCGCGAUGGACGACAAUGGCACGCCAUCUAAAGUCCGGGAUGAGACCCCCAACCUCCCUCGGGCGAUCCCUUCACACACUCCAAUGGCACACACCCCACUAGGACACACCCCAAUGGGCCACACUCCGGUGGCACAAUCUCCGAUGGAAAAGUCUCCUGAAAAACCUACACCUCCCGUCGAGCCUACACCUCCUCGUCCAGCUGCUACAGGCUUUACCUCCGUCAACGCCAGCCUCGGUGGCUUCACCGCAGUCAACCGCUCACCAUUCACCCCGUCCAAUAAUGGCCCAACUAUCAAGCGGGAGGGGGAGAAUGGCACGUCAACCCCGCACGUUGAACGCGAUGUUUCUGUGUCCGUGAAUGGCCAAAACGAUGAACCUAUGAAGCGUUCGAUCAGCCAUGACGAAGGCUCCCAAGCAGAGAAUGGCGAUGAGGAUGGUGAAAAUGGGCGUCGUAGCAAGCGAUUGAAAAGAGACUCGCUCCCUACUGUUGCCGGCUCUCACAUGUCUCUUCUCCGCCCGCCUCUGCCAAGACCCCGCAAGGAUGGGUCUCAACCAUUAGGCGAGAAAUGCGAAACCUGCGGAAAGUCAGACAAUCAGGAAUCGAUACUUGUGUGCGAUGGUUGUGAGCUUGGAUAUCACACAACAUGCUUGGACCCGUCAACCACGACGCCAUCGGAACAUGACUGGCACUGCCCCAAGUGCUUGGUUGGCACAGGAGAGUUCGGCUUCGAAGAUGGAGGUGUCUACUCGCUUAAGCAAUUCCAGGAAAGGGCCAAUGAGUUCAAGAAAAAGUACUUCGCCUCAAAAAUGCCCUUCGAUCCAGUACUCAACACACAUCGCCGUGAGACGGAAGAUGAUGUCGAAGCCGAGUUUUGGAAACUUGUUGUUGAUCUACAUGAGACAGUCGAGGUUGAAUACGGCGCAGAUAUCCACUCGACUACACAUGGAAGUGGUUUCCCCACUGUGGAACGGAAUCCGCUGGACCCAUUUUCGUCUGAUCCUUGGAAUCUCAACGUACUUCCAUUCUACGGAGAUUCUCUCUUCCGUUACAUCAAGUCUGAUAUCUCUGGAAUGACUGUCCCUUGGGUUUACGUCGGCAUGUGUUUCUCAACUUUCUGCUGGCACAACGAGGACCAUUAUGCCUACUCAGCGAACUAUCAGCACUUUGGCGCGACGAAAACCUGGUAUGGAAUACCAGGUGCAGACGCUGAGGCAUUUGAGGCCGCCAUGCGCGACGCAGUCCCCGAGCUCUUUGAGGGACAACCCGACCUGCUAUUCCAACUUGUUACUUUGAUGCCGCCCGACAAGCUUCGCAAGGCUGGCGUUAACGUUUAUGCCGUGGAUCAGCGGGCUGGUCAAUUCGUGCUCACCUUCCCUCAGGCGUACCAUGCGGGCUUCAACCACGGCUUCAACUUCAACGAGGCCGUGAACUUCGCUCCAGCAGACUGGGAGCCCUAUGGCGCAGCGGGUGUUGACCGGCUUCAAAACUUCCGCAGACACCCUUGUUUCUCCCACGAUGAACUUCUUCUCACGGCUGCUGCUCGCGACACUUCAAUUGCCACAGCCAAAUGGCUGGCACCUGCACUAGCAAGAACUUGUGCCCGAGAGAUUGGUGAAAGAGCCGCUUUCCUUUACCGACAGAAGGAAAUGGCUGUUCGCACCCCUGGUUCUGGUAUUGAGUCUGCUUCAGAAACUUUCCAACCCAAGUUCGUAGUUGAAGACGAAGAUCUCCCGGAGGAUGACUACCAGUGCCAGCACUGCAAGGCUUAUGCUUACCUCACGCAGUUCCGUUGUCACAAGUCAGGCAAAACUGUCUGUCUGUCUCAUGUGGACAGCUACGACUGCUGUGGUGAGACUCUUGCUCAGAAACUUUGUGGUUCGGAACACACCCUGCGUUACCGUAUGAGUGACGAUGCACUGCAGGAGCUUGUGCAGAAAAUCCAAGAACGGGCCAGGAUUCCAGAAGCAUGGUCCGAGAAGCUCGACAAAACUCUGGAGGAUGAACCAAAGCCCCAGCUGAAGGCCCUUCAUAACUUGCUCAAUGAAGGUGAGAAAAUCCCAUACCAUUUGUCUGGCCUCCAAGAUCUUGCGGCAUUCGUCCAGCGUUGCGAUAAAUGGGUUGAAGAAGCCAAUAACUACAUUACCCGGAAGCAGCAAAACCGGAGAAAAAACGAGAAGGCUUGGCGCAGGGCUAGUACCAAGACAGCGCAGCUGGACGAUCGCGAUCGUGAAGUCCGCAGAGUUGAACAUAUCUACGCCCUACUGGCAGAGGCUGAUAAACUUUCGUUCGACUGUCCACAGAUGGCGGCGUUGGAAGAGAAAACCCGCGAAAUCGAGAAAUUCCGCCAGGAUAUUAAUGGUGCCCUGAUGAAUCCAAAGUCCCGACCAAUCCAAGAGGUCGAAGAGCUGAUCGAGGCUGGCAAAAACUUCAACGUGGAAAUCCCGGAACUUGAACGCCUGGAGCUGGUCUCCCGCCAAAUCAAAUGGUCGGAAGAAGCUGCACGGAAACGCGAUCAGUACUUGAACCUCCAGGCUUGUCAUGAGCUAGUUGCUGGCGCUGAGCAGCUGGGCCUGCCCGAAAACGACGAACACUUGAUGCAUUUCAAAGAACUCGCUCGCCAUGGCGAUGCAUGGGAACUUAAAGCUAAAGAACUGAUGUCGGUUGAGGCGGUGCAUUAUCAACAACUAGAAGCCCUUUCUGCACAGGCAGCUCGUUUCCCAGUGUCGCCUGAGACCCUGGCGGCUGUGGAGGCGAUAUUGACCAAGCAACGCGAGGCGCAGAGGCGGAUUCAGACUUUGUAUGAAAAGAGCAAGGACCCUGAAAUGAAGAAUCGCCCCAAGUACAAGGAUAUUCGCGACCUCAUGGAAACCCUCGAACACCUGACCUCCCGACCCAUUGGAGCAAUCGACUUGGAGCGAGAACAAAAACGACAUGAAGAUUGGAUGAGGAAGGGCAAAAAGCUUUUCGGCAAAGCCAAUGCCCCACUGCACAUCCUCAAAUCUCACAUGGAGUACGUUGAAAAGCGGAACUCGUACUGCUUCGACCUCGAAGACAGCUACAGACCGCCCGUGGAACCUUCAUCCCGGGACAAUUCACCAGAUGGCCUGCUUGAAAAUUCGGGAAAUCCUAAUCCUUGGGGUCCAAAGUCACGCAAAAGAGACGUGUUCUGCAUUUGUCGUCACUCCGAGGCGGGAAUGAUGAUUGAGUGUGAGGUAUGCCAUGAAUGGUAUCAUGGAAAGUGCUUGAAAAUCGCCCGGGGCAAAGUGAAAGAGUUUGACAAGUAUACUUGCCCAAUCUGUGAUUGGCGACAGAAGAUUCCUCGUGAUGCUGCUCGACCGAAACUCGAGGAUCUCCAGGAUUGGCACGCGGAAAUUGCAACCCUUCCAUUCCAACCGGAGGAGGAGGAAGUUCUUGAGAGCAUCAUCAACCAAGCAACGGCUUUCCGUGAUUUCUUGCAUGGCUUCACCAAUGCUGCCUGCACAACAACCGAGGAAGUGCCCACUUUGAUCUUCUAUCUUCGCAAAAUAGAGGGUGCCGAGGUCCUUCUUACUUCUGAGACCAACUUUUUCCGGCAAGAGAUCCACAAGUGGGCACCUGUCGCCCCGGAGCCUCCCCCAAUCUUGGAUCAGUCCCUGUCCACUCGGAAGCCCCGCCCUACCAAGCAACAGAAAAUAAUGGCUCAGCUCGGCGUGAGCCGCCCCGAAGAUCUCCCCGAACACCUCCGUCCUAAGCAUCUCGGUGUUACAAAACGCAAAUCGGUCGAUGUUUCUCAGCAGCCCCCUCAACAUCCACCAUCUUCUCUUCAGCCGGCGCCAACAACCUCCAGCAGUGCGCCUCCCAUUACAGGUCCAACGCUGGCUCAAAUGCCAGAUCCAAAUGUCGCGCCAUACCCCUUUUCCGCCAAUUACUCUUUGCCAGCUAGCGAUUCCACGCCUGCCUUUGCCCCCCUUUCAUCAUCAGCUUUCCUUCCACACGCCGUUGCUUCUCAGUCUCCCUCAUUCCUGUCUCGAUCCCCUCCCCCACAACAAGACAUUGAGACGUCUUUGUUCAGCCCUCCGCGAUUCGGACAUGAUCCUCAGUUUGCGAGCAGUAGUCCUCGUCAGAAUCUGGAUGACGUGUUCGCGGACCUGACGAAUCAGGAAAUUGACCCUGAGGCAGAGCCACAGCCCAUGGAGAACACCCAUGCCAACGAGGCCCUGGAGGCUCUUGUCGUGAGCAACGGGAGUAGCCGUGCUGGGUCUCUGCCUCAAGAGCCAGCCGCAAUGGGUGAACCUCAAGAUGCUCCCAAGCUCGAGGGUACCAAUGCGCAGCUUGAUGACGAUGAACUUUGA